AUGAUGGACAACAAGACAGGUCGAUCACGAGGCUUUGGAUAUGUUAAGUUUAAGAAUGAUGAAUCUGUAGAUUGGGUCUUAAGACAAAAACCCCACUUGAUUGACCUUAAGGAAGUUGAUCCGAAAAGAUGCAAUGUUAAUAUGAAAGGCAAAAAUCGUCGAAGUCUCAAGGUUUUCGUGGGAGGAAUUGCCUUUGAUCAUGAUGAAAACAUAAUUAGGAACUUUUUUUCCAGCUAUGGAAGGGUUACUGACGUCAACUUACUUGCUGGUCAAACCAAGCAGCGACAUAGAGGUUUUGCAUUUGUUGGAUUCGAAGAUGAAGAAGUGGUUAAAAAUCUCAUCAGACUGCACUACUUAAAUUUGAAUGGAAAACAAGUUGAAAUAAAAGCGAUGAAACCUCCAAACACUCAGAAACCUGAAUACCAGACUUCCCCAAAUGUGACUACUGCUGUGCAAGGCAAUGGACGGCCUGUUCGCGGUCAGAAAAAGCAGUAUGGUCCACCUCAGUCCAAUGGUUCCUGUGCAACCUGGAGUCAUUGGCCCGGUAAUUGGGGUUCUCAUGGACAACCUCAGGCUUGGCCUCCUCUAGCCUGGACCAAUUCAAAUGCUAAUACUCCUCAUAAUGGCCAGACUGCUGUUGGUCCUGGACCUCCUAUGCAUAACAUUGGUACUGCGCUUGGAAGUUGGCCGGACCAGUCUAUCAAUUCUACAAAUGGUUGGAUGCCUGCGGCUUGGGGCCAUCAAAUAGCUGCACCUACGACAGUAAAUCGAAUUCACUCCUUAAAUGAAGAUUCAUUGUACAAUCAGCAGUCUGCACAUAAGCCCCAACCUGGUUGGGAUUCGAUUUGUUUAACUCCACUUGCAACUGUACCUGGUUCUGCACAUAAUUCUCUUGACCCACUAGUUAAUUCAAUAGAUUCUUGGAACCACUCAGCAGCAGCAGGUCUUUGUCAAUUGGCUCCGCCCUCUUUGAGUUCAAGUUUAGCCUUGGGUGCUCCAUCAGUUGUUCCUACUGGUUGGAAUCAUGGUAAUGCUGUCUCUCGAUCUAUAAAUAAUCAGUGGACUGGGCCCAAUUCUUCAGUUAUACCAGGUCCUAGGCCAACCAAUCACUUGGCAGCCGGUUACAUCAACGAUGCGCUCCCCACCCACCAAAACGGAGCUUCUAUGUCGGCAAUGGCAACGGCGGCUGCUAUUGGCCUUGGAAAUUCUCCAGGGUGCGCGCAAAUACCCCACUGGUCAUCCACUGGUUCUGUAGAUCCAGGCAAUUUAAAACUAAACGAGUCGUUGUACAGAACAUCAGCUGGUUGUAAUCUAUCUGCUCGUGGAGCGCCAAACCAGACUGCUUUAAAUUUAUCACAUCCAGGUACACUGGCUGCUGCGAAUGGCUUACUUUCCGGUGAUUGGUGUGCUAUGGCUACUAAUAACGUCGGCUCAUCGCCGCGUGUUGCUGCAUCAAAUGCCAAUUUUCGUCUACCAAUAUCGCACAUGUGCAAACGAUAA